AGUAGAGUGCCGCAAUUUUCCUAUUCUCGCUCCAUCGCAAGAGAUACGUUACGAGGGAAUUAUGACGGCAUCGUUGGGAGAAGCCCACAGAUCUUUACUGUUCUCAAACAGGUUGAUAAGAUCGCAAAUACCACAGCAAAAGUGCUUGUUUGCGGUGAGACUGGGACCGGCAAAGAAUUGAUAGCACAGGCUUUACACCAAAAUAGUGAUCGGUCAGAGAAUGAGAUAGUUUCCAUUAACUGUGCCUCGAUUCCGGAUUUGCUGCUUGAAAGUGAACUGUUUGGACAUGAAAGAGGCGCGUUUACGGACGCGAAAACGCGACAUAUCGGCAAAUUUGAAAGGGCACACAACGGAACGCUCUUUCUUGAUGAAGUUGGAGAUAUGCCGCUCUCCCUGCAAGCAAAGUUAUUGCGGGCAGUCGAGACAGGCAAGAUUGAACGCCUCGGCGGAACGAGGCCCAUUCCAGUGGAUGUCCGAGUCGUGGCGGCUACUCACUGUAACCUCGCCGAAGCUGUUGACAAUGGUACUUUCCGCAAAGAUCUUUACUAUCGAUUGAAUGCUGUUUCUCUCUCUCUGCCACCUUUACGCGAGCGGCGAGAGGACAUUAGCGUGUUGGUGGAAUACUUUGUGGAGAAACAUUGCAAUACCUACGCGCAGCCCGUGCGUAAAGUCGUUCCAGAGACGCUCGCGCGCCUGCAAAACUAUCCUUGGCCCGGGAAUGUGCGAGAGUUAGAAAACGCCUUAAUCCACGCAGUUAUUUUGGCAGACGGGGAGGCUAUAUUACCCGUACAUCUGCCCGAAGAAAUUUUGGCAUUCCAGAAACUACAAGUCACCGUCCCAAAGGCAAUUCACACACCUGAAAACCAACAUAACACGCCUUUACCGCUCGGUACAAGCCUUAAGGCUGUGGAGGAAGCCUUCAUCCUUGCGACUUUGGCGUGGCAGAACGGAAAUCGGACGAGAACAGCGAAGAUUUUGGGGAUUAGUAUUCGGACGUUGCAAAAUAGGUUGAAAGACUAUAAGGUAUCAAACGGUCUUUAG